AUGAGAAGAAGAAGAAAAAUACAGUGUGUAGAUUCAUCACAAGGAAAGGCUCCAAGUAAUAGUAGACGAAGUAGAACUGCAUUUUCUCGUGAACAAUUAAGCAUCCUGGAAAAUGAAUUCAAUCUCGAUAAUUUUGUGAGUCGUCCAAAAAGACAACAGCUUGGUCAUCAACUCAAUUUAUCCGAGACAACUGUAAAGGUAUGGUUUCAAAACCGUCGAAUGAAAGAUAAACGACAAUCUAUGAGUUGGCCAAUGACAAUGCUGACAAAUCCAGGAAUGAUGCAACUUAUGAAUGCACCUGGAUUGUCACCAUUAUCAUCGUCAUAUCAACAGCCACCUGUUCCGAGUAUGAUACCUUCAUACAUGGCUUAUAAUAAUCACAGACAUUCACCAUAUGGACAAAUGCAUUGUCAUCAAAAUUAUCCAGUUACUAGUCCACCAGAUUUUGGAUAUAAUCCUUUCCAUUAUCCACAUCAUCAACAACCAUCAAACAGCUAUCAUUAUAUGAAUUUACCACCAUUACAAUGGCCUGGUGUUAAUUCACCUACUGGUACUAGCUAUCCAUCUACACCCACCAGCUCAAUUUCAUCACCAACAACACCUCAUUCCAAUACAUUUAGUCCAUAUCAAUCUGAAUUAUCAAGUGAUUCUGAUUAUUAUUCUCGUGUUAAUAACUUUUAUUAUCCACAAAAUUAUACACAAAAUAUUGAUACAACAAUUAUGCCAUCAGUUGCAACACCAGUUGUUGCAUCACAAGCACCACCAAAAAGACCAAAUUCUCUUAAUCUUAGAACAACUCAUAAUUUUGCUACUAGUAAUGUUAAUAAUAAUCAACAAUUUAUUCCAACUAAUGUGUCAUCAUCACCAAAGACACCAACCGCGAAAUUAUUUCAACCCUAUACAUAA